CUGUCAGGGGGAGGCUUCUCUGGUGAUAGUUUAAAACCCACGAUGCAUGCGCAGUUUGGGUUUGGAUUUUUAAAAAAACUACGCCAUAUUGGAUCGGUAUAGUGUAUACCAGUUUCUAGCAUUUAGAAAUUAGCGGUUCUUGUUUCGUUCGGGCUUGUGUAGCUUACUUUGUUGGUUUUAAAAAGAAAAAAAUCGGGUUUACUGUCGCCGUUUAAAGGACUAAACGCGUGCAUUUUAACAGAAAACGGGAUUCAAGAAAGGUUUGUUAGAUUACAGAAGUUGAAUGGAUCCGAGGGUAGCUUGGAUUCAGCCUGAACAGAAAGGACCUGCUAAUGCCUUGUGGAUGCAUAUAUGGGAGACCUCUCAGGGAGUCCGGACCAAUUCAAGCCAUCACUAUCACCACAAUAUCGCUGUCAACUCGCCGGCUUUGGACUCCAGUUUUUUUAAAAAUGGAACAACUGCGGCUCCUAAAAGCUGCUGCAGCAGCCAUCAGAGUCGUGCUGCCAGCAAUGAUGUUACUAUUUCUUCCACUGUUUCAAACAGCAACGUGAACUGUCCCCCUUCUACCCAGUACAUCAGCACGGCAAGGGUAGGAGAGGGGAAAAGGUUGCAAAAGACCCCCUCUCUAUCUUCUUCAUCUACGUCCUCCUCAGUGGAGUCUGGCACGGAAAGCCCUUCGUCCACAUUUUCUUUGGCAAGGACUAGUAAUGGUAAUAUAAAUAAGUAUGCUGGUAGCAACUUAUUUUUCAAUUUCAGCGAGAAUUUGUACAAUGUGAAUAAUCACAGCCACCAGCAGCAGCAGCACCAGCACCAACAGCAAAACCACAAUCGCCAUAAUUAUCAAGGCACUACUACGACUAGUAUAAACAACCAUCACCCAGGCCGGAGAAAAAGUGAAAAUAAAGCGAGCACCUACGGGAUAAACUAUCUGCUUUCCAGCUGGAGUAACGGCAAUUAUCAGCUUUGCUCUGGGACCCCCUGGAAGAAAAGGAAAUAUAGCCCAGGCAUUAAUGGCCUCCAUGAAGAGAUCAUUGACUUCUAUGACUUCAUGUCUCCACGCCCUCAAGAAGCAGCUAUGCGUGAAGAUGUGGUGAGGAGGAUAGAAACGGUUAUAAAAGACCUGUGGCCUACAGCCGAUGUUCAGAUUUUUGGCAGCUUUAGUACAGGACUUUAUCUCCCAACAAGUGAUAUUGAUUUGGUUGUCUUUGGGAAAUGGGAGCGACCCCCUUUGCAGCUAUUGGAACAAGCACUACGGAAACACAAUGUGGCUGAGCCUUACUCAAUUAAAGUCCUUGACAAAGCUACGGUACCAAUAAUCAAACUCACUGACCAAGAGACUGAAGUGAAAGUAGACAUCAGUUUCAACGUAGAAACUGGCGUGAAGGCAGCUCAGUUUAUCAAGGGCUACAUUCAGAAAUAUACCAUCCUGCCUUACUUGAUAUUUGUAUUAAAGCAGUUCCUCCUUCAGAGGGAUUUGAACGAGGUUUUUACGGGCGGGAUUAGCUCUUACAGCCUCAUUUUAAUGGUCAUCAGCUUCCUGCAGUUGCACCCAAGAAUUGAUGCCAGAGGACCCAAUGUCAAUCUUGGCAUACUUCUGAUUGAAUUCUUUGAGCUUUAUGGAAGGCAUUUCAACUAUUUGAAAACCGGUAUUCGGAUUAAAAAUGGAGGUGCUUAUGUUGCCAAAGAAGAAAUCAUGAAAGUCAUGGUAAACGGUUACAGACCGUCAAUGUUGUGCAUUGAAGACCCUUUCUUGCCAGGAAAUGAUGUGGGCAGGAGUUCCUAUGGUGCCAUGCAAGUGAAACAGGUGUUUGACUAUGCUUACAUUGUGCUUGGUCAUGCUGUAUCGCCACUUGCAAGGUCUUACCCCAACAAAGACUCUGAGAGCACUUUAGGUCGAAUAAUUAAAGUGACCCAAGAGGUUAUAGAUUACAGGGAAUGGAUCAUAAAGAAGUGGGGAGGGAGAAGCAGCCCACGGUUGGAUACUUGUGAUCCAGGUAUAAAGACAUCUGAGCAGAUGGAGCACAGCAGCCUGAAUCUUGUGAGUGAGCAACUCCAGAACCGUGAUUCUGUGUCGCCACGCAGCAUGGAUUCCCCGAUGUCCAUGUCCAGCCCCCAGCAGCACUCCUCUGGCUCAUCGGCGUCCUCUGUCUCGUCGCUCUCUGGAAGUGACAUUGACUGUGAUUCAACUCCUUGUCCAGCCACGAACAUUCACCCAUUUCCAAUCCAAGCACUACCGUUGGCCUCGCUAGCGCCUGCACUGCAAAUGCCAAUUGGAAAGCCAAAUCUGCCUGGGGCAUUGAUAAUGUCUUCCAGCUCCCAGGCUAGACUGUCCAUGCCAGGUGCCCUUGCUGUUAAGUCACUGCCUGGCAGACAUGUUUGUAUAGAAGGGGCACCUCCUUUGAAUGUGGUCUUUCAUAUGCCCCCUCCGGCUGCUCCUCCUGCCCCACCCAGCCCUCUGCCAAGUCCCCACCUGCAUCACAAGAUGCACAACGGGCCAAAAUAUUCCAUAAAAGAAGUCAGUAUCCCAGGGACUGCCCACAACCCCAUGAUGGGGGCCAUGAAGCAGCCUGUUAAUACCCGGGGGCAGAACCAAUACAACCGUAACACCUGGCGAAGGAGGAAGCACACGAGAGAAAGCUUACCUAUCAGCCUUAGCAGAUGAGAAGAUUGCUUCCAUGUCUUGAAGCUGGAGUUCACUGACCUAUAAUCAUUUUUAUAAACGCCAGACCGAGGAACAAGACCAGCAUUCUCUAAUUCGGCCAGUGGGUAUGCCUGUAUAUCCGCGGCUGAUUCUUUGCAUGUUUCCUGUAUGGUGGUCAAGAAACCAUCUUGCAGAUGGUAUUAUUCAGUGCUGAGUAUCUGUGAAGACUUGUUUUUGGAUGUUCAUAUUUAUUUUUUUAAACCAUGUUUUUUCCAUUCAGUGAUGGACACAGCUCAUGUUGAUGACCUACAGGAGCAUGAGGAAGCAACAGCGCUUCUGUUUUAAGCACUACUGUCAAAUAAAUGGAAAGUUAAUGACUUCUGCCCUUUUGUCUUUCGAAGAUGACCUGUCCCAGAUCAUCCUGGCAAAGCUGCCCUUUUCUUUUUUUCAUACUCAUUGCAGACUUUUUUUACUAUGUACAUAUGGAACAAAUUGUUUAUCAUUUGUGCAAUAACUGUUUUUAGAAGAAAAAAAAGUUGUAUUUAAUUUUUAUGGAUGUCAUAUGUUUAAGUUAUAUUAAUGUUGAAAUGUUUAUUUUUAUUUUUUUAUUAUUGCUUUGAGUUUACAAACCUUUCCCAGGUUGCAUUCUUUUCAGGUUUAACAUUUUAAAUGAACAGAGGGUGGUGGGUGUGGGGGAGGGGGAGAGGAGUCAAAUGAAAGCACAGUAAAUUAGGAACAGAUUCGGUGUUAAUGUAUGUAACCUGUUUUUAUGCAAGGGACCCAUAAAAGCAUUUGCUUAAGUGGUGCCCAGUAAACCGAAUGUGGAGAAAGGAAUUAUUUUGAUUCCGUUCGGGGAAUCUGAAGAGCAGUAUGCAUUUGUUCUGUUAAGAGCAACACAAUCUAAUCAAACCUUACCAAGUACUUCAGUACCUGUAUGCGUUGCCAGACGUAUUAUAUUUUUUACAGUAUUGCAACGUGGUGCAGCAAGUAUGUAGUGCACACACUGUAUUGCUGGCACGUAGAAGUUACUGAUGCAUACAGGUAUACUAUGCAAGUCGUCGUCGCCCCCCCCCCUCCCCCCCCCCCAAUUUAAUUAAAUUUUCAUGGUGACCACUUGUUACCAUUUUGAACUAAGGAUUAGACUGCCUAGCCAUGAGUUUUAAAAGCACCAUGGUGGUACCAAUGGAUAAGUCACAAUCUUCCAUGAUACCUAUUUUGUGUAAGUUUAGAGGAGCUAUUUGUUUUUAAAUUGCAGUUACCUAUCUCCAAUGAGCACUACUAGGCAAUAUAUCUUCCAACAGUGGCUGAAAAUGUACUUUAAGGGGCUUUUCCAUAACUUCCAGAAUGUUGGUUUUGAAAGACUUAAGCAGAGUUUCAUAUGCUGCUGUUUUAAAGGCAUAACAAAUUAGAUUGGCAUAUCUUUAGCAGCAAGAAAGCCAACUGCCGUUUUGCCCGUUACAUGCAAUUAUUUCGAUAGUAGUUUUCACUUUUGUUACUAGAUUCCAGUGUAGAUUAGCAAUUUACAGUUGUCGACAGUCAUUUAAAUCUGAAAAAAAGACUAAUAAUUAGACCAAGUGCAUUACAGGAAAUACCAUCAUGUUCCAUUCUACAGUAUAUGGAUUUAUCCAGGUUUAUGUAAACAUGUAGAAGUACUGUACAAAACAGUGCUUUUGUAUUUAUGCAGACAAUACUCAAAUUGGCUUUUGCUGUUACUACCUUUUAAAUCUGGCAGACAUUUUUGUGCUAGAUUUCUCACAUCAUGCGCCAUUCGUCAUGAAUGAUGAACCAAACAUUUCUUGCCUGGCUGCCACUGUGGUUAUAUCUUAACUGGUCACGACACAGAAGGAAGUAUCAUGUUUAAAAGUUUGUUUUGUUUUUGUUUUUUGAAGACUACAUUUUUAUGUAAAGUUUUUCUAUUCUUUGAUUAUUUUUAAUAAACUUCUUAAAACAA